CAUCAUUGUGUGUAUUUUCCUAAAGUUCUUGUUCAAAUUCCCAUGUUCAAUGAAAAAGAGGUAUAUAAGAUCUCAAUUGGAGCUGCGUGUAACCUUUCGUGGCCGUCCGAUCGCCUUGUGAUUCAAGUUCUUGAUGACUCUACUGAUCCUAUUGUUAAGGAUAUGGUUGAGACAGAAUGCUUAAGAUGGGCAAGUAAAGGACUUAAUAUAACGUAUCAAAUUAGAGAAACAAGAGGUGGAUACAAAGCUGGUGCACUUAAAGAAGGAUUAAAGCAUAAUUAUGUGAAAGAUUGUGAAUACGUUGUAAUUUUCGAUGCCGAUUUUCGACCCGAACCGGAUUUUCUACGUCGAUCGAUCCCGUUCCUUAUACACAACCCAAAAAUCGCCCUCGUUCAAGGUCGCUGGAGAUUCGUCAAUGCAAAUGAAUGUUUAUUGACAAGAAUGCAAGAGAUGUCAUUAGAUUACCAUUUUACAGUGGAGCAAGAAGUUGGUUCAUCUACUCAUGCAUUCUUUGGUUUCAAUGGAACUGGUGGUAUAUGGAGAAUAGCAGCCAUUAAUGAAGCUGGUGGAUGGAAGGACAGAACAACUGUUGAAGAUAUGGACCUAGCUGUUAGAGCUAGUCUGAAAGGAUGGAAGUUUGUUUACCUUGGUGACCUCCAGGUGAAAAGUGAACUUCCAAGUACUUUCAAAGCGUUCCGAUUUCAACAGCAUCGAUGGUCGUGUGGCCCCGCGAAUUUGUUCAGGAAAAUGGUGGUGGAAAUUGUCAGGAACAAGAGAGUGAACGUUUGGAAGAAGUUUUAUGUGAUCUACAGCUUCUUUUUCGUCAGGAAGAUCAUCGCUCACAUGGUUACAUUCUUCUUCUUUUGCGUCGUUCUUCCAUUGACACUUUUAGUUCCUGAAGUCGAAGUCCCUAUAUGGGCUGCCAUUUACAUCCCUUGCAUUAUCACCACUCUCAACUCAGUCGGAACGCCAAGGUCGAUUCAUUUACUGUUCUAUUGGAUUCUCUUUGAGAACGUUAUGGCUUAUCAUCGUACCAAGGCUACAUUCAUUGGUUUGCUCGAAGCUAAGAGGGCUAACGAAUGGGUUGUCACCGAGAAACUAGGUGACGCUCUCAAGAACAAGGACAAGGCGGCGAAACCUGUCAAGAAAGCCCGUGGACCUCUAUUUGGAGACCGAAUACUUCCACAAGAACUGGGAUUUGCAGUGUUCCUUUUCUUCUGUGGUUUAUAUGAUGUCUUAUAUGGAAAGCGUCAGUACUUCGUCUACGUAUUUCUCCAAGUCAUAACCUUUACCAUUGCUGGAUUCGGCUACGUUGGAACCAUAGUGCCCUCUUAGUAGCGCCCGCACCAGCACCAGCACCAGCAGCAUUGUUUAUUUCAUCGUCUACACACAAUAUAAGUUACAUCAAGUACUUUCACUGCAACAUUUCGGAUGGUUAUUUCAAGAAAAAUCAUCCAUGUUAAUGCAGAACAAUCUCCAGACUCCGAAGAAUUUUCUUCGGAGUCAAGAAGGAGAACAUAAAUAGACGAAAAGGCGCAACAUUGAAGCAGAAAAAUAGCAGAUGGAUUUAGCAAAUAGAUAGAUUUUUUUAUUUUUAUUUCUCGUGUUUUGUUUAGUUGUGUGAAAUGUUUUGUUUUUUUUUUGGUUUUGUUUUUUACUUAAUUGUUGUAUUUCUCAGAUUUUCUAGUUAUGGCAACAAGUGCCAAACUCUGUAAUCAGAAUAUUUUUUUGUCAUUCUUUUACUUUGGUUAUGGAUGUAUUAUUUAUAUCAAGACUCUUUCAAUAUAUAGGUGUAAGUGAUUCAAUGAACUAUAAAGUUAAUGGUAAGGUAUGCCUACAUCCCAUGUC